GACUUUUACAGAGUUCAGUGUUGUGCGCUCUCGGUGCGUCACACGCUCAAACCCUCCACUGGAAGCGCACGACUCCGGACUCCUCUACAUGCAAAUACAACCAAGACUCCAGCUUCUCCUUCUCUCCAAACACAACAGGCUUCGUUUCCUCUGCACGCUUGAAUUCGCUUCUACUUGUGGCUGCUGCACCUUAGGAUUGAAAUGGAUGUCAUCCCAAUGUGUAGCAUCUUCCAGGAGCUCCAGAUCGUGCACGACACUGGAUACUUUUCCGCGUUACCAUCUCUGGAAGAGUACUGGCAGCAGACAUGCCUGGAGCUGGAGAGGUACCUCCAGAGCGAGCCCUACGUCUCUGCCACCGACCUCAAAUUUGAGAGCCAGGAGGAUCUGUGGAGCAAGCUGAUGCUGGCCUGCGGGGACAAGUCGAACGAGCAGGACCCAAAGAUCCCCCACAUCAAGGACGAGGAAGACAAUCAGGACAUCCAGCACCUGGAUGCAGGCGGCUUCAACUCUGACGCCAGCAGUGAGGCCUCUGACAGCUCGGAGGAGCUGUCCCCUACCCUCGACUUCUCCUCCGGCUCUUUGACUGACAUUCUGGGAGACGGUGGCGAAGACCUGGGCUCGGCCAUCAGCAGCACGCCGCCGUCCUCGCCCGAGCUGGGAAAGGACGGCUCUGUGGCCCAGGUGUGGGGCGGGAUACAGACUGUGCUGCACUCGCCUGGGAAAAUAAGGACUGGGGGCAUGGAGAGGUCGGGGCUGACCAGCGGGGAGGCGUCUCCAGACGGCAGGAGGCGGGUGCACCGGUGUCAGUUCAAUGGAUGCAGGAAGGUGUACACCAAAAGCUCCCACCUCAAAGCACACCAGCGCACGCACACAGGUGAGAAGCCCUACAGGUGUUCCUGGGAGGGCUGCGAGUGGCGCUUUGCACGAAGCGAUGAACUCACCAGACACUUCAGGAAGCACACUGGAGCAAAGCCAUUCAAAUGCAGUCACUGCGACAGGUGUUUUUCCCGCUCUGACCACCUGGCGCUCCACAUGAAGAGGCACAUCUAAGAUGGCCUCGGCGUCCAGAGCUCUGAGGGAUGAUUCUGGUUGAUUGUCCUGACCUGUGGGGGAUCAGCGAGGCCGGUGUGUCCUGGGAGCGUUAACAGGGGCACGGCCGUGUUCCAGUCAGUGGAAAAAGAUGAAGCAACGCAGGCUAUUAUUUGCACCAUACUUAGUGCCUCCAACACCUCGCUGUGGAGAUUGCUCUUGAAAAGGCUUUUUACGGAGGAGGGAGUGAGACUUGGGGAAAAAUCUCGACUGGAGACGACGGGAAGAGACUCUUCUGUAUGGUGUUCGACGCUUUUUUCCUGGAGGAUUACGGGGCCUCCUGCGGGGGCGCCCUUCCCUCCAAUGACAGUGUGUUUGCCUGUGCGCAUGGGGGACUGUGAGUGCCUGCGACUGGAUGCCUGUGCUGGCUUUACGGAGUGGAUGGAGCUUGCAUUGUGGAGCUGCGAGUGAAUGACACAGAGAGGAUGAUGUUUUUGGUCAAGGGGGGGGUUGUGUGUGCUCUCACUGAGGAUGAAUGCAACAAAAAAAAAGAGGGUUGUGUUUGUGCCGUUUGAGUCUGGGGUUGUUUUGUGGAGCUGACAUGCGAGAGAGCGCCAGGCGGAGGGACUGCAGCUCCACAUUCAAACAUGAGAGGUCGUUUUGUUUAGUGCAGCUAUUAAAUGUGCAAUGUAUUAUGUAGCCUGUCUCAAAACAUACACGCUAUAAAGCUCAUUUUGUUGUCCAUUGUGUAAGCUCUGUAUCUAAAAAGAAAAAAAACAAUGGUUGUACACAAAAACAGUUAUCGCCAUAAUAACAGACGUUGCAUGGGAUCUGGGGAUGUGUUGCUCACAUGUUUGCUUAUAGGACAACAAAAUUCCAUUCAAGAGCAGCUACGUUCAUGUUACUCAGUAUCAUAGUAUUGUACAAAACACAUAAGGCAGUCAUUUUGUUUUUCUAAUCUUGAUAAGUUGGGGAUACCACUAUUGCUUGGCAACUGUCUUGAUCAUGGGAUUUUGGUUCUUCACUUCUGCUCUUUUUCUCGUUUCUAUCUGUAAAUGCACUGUUAACCUUACUGAUGCCUUAUGUAAGUGGCCUUGUCCUGUUUAAUAGAUCCUUCUCUCACUCAAAAACACACCAAACGGGGUUGCGAAUGCACUAGUGCGAUAAUGAAUUGCUUUACAAAGGCUCUGAUCCAUACAGUCGCACUUUUUUGACUCCUAAAAAAUAAAGAAAUCAGCUUCAUAAUGACUGCCAUCUUUACAUUUUUGUGUUCAUAUCAAAUUCUCUAAAAAAGACCAGGUGUGAGACAGCACUUAGUAAUCUGCUUUGUGAAGAUUUACUACUGUGUAGUAGAAAGAAGAAGUGUGGGUGCACAACACGCCGUCAAAGGUACAGAGCUUGGAAAACGUUCUCAUGAAAUGCGGCGCGCUCAGUCAGUACACUCUGUCCGCGCUGAUGUGCCGAAAGCUUCCAGUGAAAACAAUGACGACAUUCUCAAUCAUGAGUCUGUUUUGGCGAAGUCUCGCCCCUCAGGGUGAGUCAGUAUCUUUACUCAGUCCUGGUUUAAACAACCCGUGAUCUGACUAAACGGUACCAAAAACCGGUCUGACCGGUUCAGCUGAGCCGUGCUGCAGCUCUGGAGGUUUCUGUGUGUCUGCAGGACGAGAGCGGAUGGAUGUCAGCUUCACUUUAUGCAUGUUUUUACUUCGGUUUCAUGACUUCAACGCACGCCUCUGUGGGUUGAUAUAACUCUGUUCUUUUAGUCCUAUCUGUUCACUUUCAUGAUUGGAUUGAUCCAGACAUAUUUUCCCAGUUUGUGUAAAAGAUUGAAGAUUUUUGUGUGAGUGUUUUUACUGGACGACACGUCUUAUUGAGAAGCUCGACGCGUGGUUGAGCUGUCCGGGUCUGGCUGGUUUGAAGCCUGGUUUAUACUUCUGCAUCAAGUCUACCCCAUAAGUCUGCAUGCUGUUGCUUUGGUCUGGAUGCACCGAUGUACCAGUCGGACAAACAGAUGCACAGACUGUAAAAACAAGGGCUGGCGCCGAUACGGAUGUUUGAAAUAACCGUUUCACUGAUGAUCACUAUCAAUGUGUAUUUUGCAUUGUGUCUUUUGGUGCAACCCUCCCACAGUGCACACACUGUUUGACCACCAAAACAGAUCAGUACUAGGCAUCCUCUGUGGUCAGUCUCACCUUUAAUCAGCUGUUUCUGAGCAAGGACUGCAAAAAUAUCUGAUUGCAACAUGACUUUUAUGUGAGAAAUCAGCAACAAAAAUCAGGAAAGUGUGAUUUUCUGCAAGCUAUUCUAGAAAAAACAUGAUACUUGAAUGUUUGCAUGAUGUGCAGAGCGGUGGCUUCCAACUUUUAUUUAUUAGGGCCCCUUUACUCCUAUCUAAGAAGAGCUAACCCCCGAAGAUUUGCAAAAAGGUGAGGGAAAAUGAGUAAAAAUGACUAAGACUGGCAAAAAGCAGCAAAACGGUGGGGAAAUAUGUGAAAAAUGACUAAAAUUGGCAAACAAUAGCAACUCAGGUGGGGGAAAAUGAGUGAAAAAUGACUAAAAUGAGCAAAAAGCAGCAAAAGGUGGGAGAAAACAGUAUAGGAAUAGUAAUAGAAAAUAAUAACCCCCCAGGACCCACCUGGAAAAAUGUAAUCAGUUUUAAUUGUUUUCAUUGACAAAAUCCCAACAUAAUAGAUCUUUAAUAUUAAAAGCUAAAUGAUCUGAGCAGAAACGAUCCACUAUUAAAGUGGCACAAUAUAAAUAAAUAAAUAUAAAUAGUAUAGACAUAAAGAGGAGCUGUUCAUUUAAAAAGAAAAAAGUUGUUUCUUUUAAAGUUGGAAAUUUAAAUGGACCAAAACUUAGAAUUUUUGAGAUUAUAAAGUCUUACAUUGCUGAUUGCAUGGAAGAAAAUCAGAGCACAUAAGCCUGUUUUCCUUCAGUUGAGACUUUGAUCAAAAUAUGCUUUAACUGGGACUGAUCAAUCAGGAAAUACUUGUGAUUUUAGCCCAGAAUAGUCACAUUAUCACCAGAAUCUGGACUUGGAAGAGGCAUUUCUGUAAACUGUGGUUAUCUAACCACUGUUUUCAGUUUGGAUUCUUGAUCAUUCAUGACUUUACAAUGUUGUAAAUUUAUCACCUUUAAAAUGGGACAUUUUUGAGUUAAUGCUGUCAAAACGUACGACUUUCUAAAAUAGAUAAUGUUGAGUUUUGUCUCAUAUAUUUAUGAUUUUUUAGUCUCUGAAAUACUUAGUUUGGUUUCUUGAAAAUAUAUGAUCUCUGUGUUUUUGUCUUAAAAAUAGUUUUUUUUUUUUUUUAAUCUUUUAUUGGGGUUUUAUACAUUAUCGUACAUUUUGACUCUUAUUAUGGUUUAAAAAAAAUCUGCACAUCUAAUUCUGACAACCUCAAAGCAAACACGGCCCAGCACCCUCCCUGAGAUCUCUGGUGCCCCUCUAAGGGCUGCCAGUACCAAAGAUUGGGAACCAACAGUGUAGAGCAUAACAUCUCUGCUGCAAAAAAAUGUAUAAAAUGCUAUUUUGACACAUUACAGGUGAAAGAAAUAUUAAGAUUUAGCUAGAUUUAACUGCCCAGCCUAAAAAUACCAGCAUCAAAUCACUCAGCUAACAAGCAUCUGCUUCUGGCGUCAGGUCAUGCUGCAGAAAAGACAGAUGUUUGCAUCUGUGCAUCCCUGCAGGAAGCAUCGGCGACUAGGGAUGCAACAGUGCAAUCGAUGAUAUCAACCAUGUCGCUGAACAUCAUGCAUGAACACGUGCCACAAACAGUUUUUAUCAUCUUUGUAUUACUGAUUUAAUGUUUGCAUCUAUGAUGCAGAGUUUCUGAUGUAGGGAUGAGGUUUUUGAUCAGACAGAGGUAACCUAGGCUUUUCUGUUUGUGUGGUCACGUCAGUAAAAAUGGGGCAUUUUGGGAGUUUUAUGCGAAAAGAAGUAGUGAGAAACUAUCAGUAUGUGCAGCUGGCUGACUGUUAAUUUACACCAGUGAAACUCAGCAUGUAGCUCUUUAGUGAUGAUUUGUGGCUCUUUUAUAGACAUAAAUUUGAAAUAUUAUUCCCCCAGAAAACCUUAAAAAGGGGAAACUUUUUGACAUUUUCACCAUUUUUCGCCAUUUUCACCCAUUUAAGC